UGGAAUUACAAGAUAUUUUAUCUUUUCACUUUAUGCUUCUAGUCUUAAAUUUAGCUGAUGAACCCUAUCAAUACUUAUAUACAGAAGGAGAGCAAAUUCACUUGUUGAACCUCGAGACAUUUGAGGAAAUUGAAAUGAAGACGAGUCAAUGUGAAGGAACUGUCAGCAUGUUGGAGGAUUCGAUGCCUGUAUCUGUCUUCUUUCUCACCACACCAGAGCACGGUACACAGCCAUGCACUUUUAAAUUACCCUCCAACUAUACAUACACUGUGCAAUCGGUCAUUGAUCGUGCCGGACAAGCAGCUAAAGGUACUGUCUAUAAGACAGCUACCCUGACUAAUGGUGCCAGAUUACAAGUUCCUGAGUUCGUCAACGAAGGUGAUAAGAUUGUUGUUGAUAUCGAUACCAUGAAAUACGUGAAGCGUGAAUUAUAAAAUAAACCAAUUUUUGUCAAGGCGCAUAAAAUAGAAAACGAUGACGUUUACGGUAAAGCUUUUUUGAUUGGAUCCCCACGACUCACCGUGAACAUGACUUCAUAACCAGUUUUUUUUUUUUUUUUUUUUUU